GCAGCCUCAGGUGUUUUCUGCCGUUUCGUCAUUCGGUAGUUUUGAGUUUUUCGGACAAACAGACAGACUGACAGCAGGCUGACAGAGCAGCAGGCAGGAAAAUCUCUGAAGGAGGAAGAACAGAUCGGCUUCCUGCAGGGAGCUGAGCCUUCAUCUUCAUCUUCAUCAGUGUGUGUGCUGUGUCAUGGCUCUCAGGAUGACUGAAGCUCAGUUCAUCAACGUCUACGACAACGAGCUGCAGCUGAAUUUGAUGCCGUACGACUACAUCCCUCCAGUGGACAUCAAGACUGAACCUUACAUACCUGAGACAGCUCAUGGUCCUUACAUUCAAAUCAUCGAAGAGCCCAAACAGAGGGGCUUUCGUUUCCGUUAUGAGUGCGAGGGUCCGUCCCAUGGCGGGCUCCCAGGGGCCUCCAGCGAAAAGAACAGGAGAACCUACCCGACCGUGAAGAUUAAUAACUACGUGGGUCAUGCCCGGGUCGAGGUCCAGCUGGUGACCCACACCGACCCUCCUCAGGUCCACGCUCACAGUCUGGUGGGACGUCACUGUACCGAGAAGGGCACCUGCACACUCGACAUCGGCCCCAACGACCUCACCGCCUCGUUCAGCAACCUGGGGAUCCUCCAUGUGACCAAGAAAGGUGUGGUUGAGAUUCUGUGCAGAAGACUGAGAGAAGAGAGGAAGAGACAGAAAGGACCACACAGCACCCUCACAGAGUCGGAGGAAACGUCCAUGAUGAAGGAGGCCAAGGCUCUGGGGAAGGUGAUGGACCUGAACAUCGUCAGGUUAAAGUUCACCGCCUACCUGCAGGACAGCAACGGAGGCUUCACCAGAGCGCUGAAACCCGUCGUCUCCAACCCCAUCUACGACAGCAAGUCUCCAAACGCCUCCAACCUGAAAAUCUCUCGGAUGGAUAAGACGUGCGGCUCCGUGCUCGGAGGAGACGAGAUCUUCCUGCUCUGUGACAAAGUCCAGAAAGAUGACAUCGAGAUCCGUUUCUAUGAGGAGGACGAUGAGGGAGGCUGGGAGGCGUUCGGCGACUUUUCACCCACCGACGUUCACAAACAGUACGCCAUCGUGUUCAAAACGCCGCCGUAUCACAGCACAGAGAUCGAGCGUCCCGUCACCGUCUUCCUGCAGCUGAAGAGGAAGAAGGCCGGCGACCGCAGCGACCCCAAACAGUUCACAUACAUCCCGCAGGUCCAAGACAAAGAGGAGGUGAUGAGGAAGAAGCAGAAGCCACUGCCUCACUAUGAACCCUGGAGAGGAGGAGGAGGAGGAGGAGGAAGAGGCGGAGGAGCUGGGGGGUUUGGAGGAGGAGGAGGAGGAUUCCAGUUUAAUCAGCAGAUGAACGGAGCAGCAGGAGGAACAGGAGGAGGCUUCUUCACAGGAGGCUUCACCGGCUUCGGUGGAGGAGGAGGGGCCCAGAUGUCAGGUGCCACCCCUCAGACUCAGCAACAGACAGGACAGACGGAAGGACAGACGGGAGGACAGACGGGAGGACAGACGGGAGGACAGACGGGAGGACAGACGGGAGGACACAGUGGUGGUUCACCACUACAACAGCAGCUGUUUCAGAUAGCUGCUGCCCUCCACAGCCGAGCCUCUCAGAGUGCCAGACAGACCGCCGCCGCCCUGCUGCAGUACUGCAGCACCGGGGAUGCCCGGGUUCUUCUGGCAAUCCAGAGACACCUCUGUGGCAUCCAGGACGGCAACGGAGACACUCCUUUGCACCUGGCUGUCAUCCAUCAGCAGACAGGUGUGAUCCAGCAACUGAUCCACACUCUGCUCAGCAGCCAGCAGCAAGACAUCCUCAACGCAACCAACCACCUCCGACAGACUCCUCUCCACCUGGCGGUGAUCACCCGGCAGGUAAAGGUGAUGGAGGCGUUGCUGAGGGCGGGGGCUGAUCCCAGCCUGCUGGACAAAGAUGGCCGAAGCCCUCUCCACCUGGCGGCACUGGCCGGAGACAACGCUACACUCCGCCCCCUACUGGCUCACCUGGGAGAACGCCACGCCCACCUGGUCAACAGCGCAGACUACCACGGUCUCCACCCGCUCCACCUGGCGGUGAGGAGGGACGGCGAGCGCUGCCUCCGCCUGCUGGUGGAGGGCGGAGCCAAAAUCAACGCACCUGAGCAGAAGAGUGGGAACACUGCCCUCCACCUGGCCGUCAGAGAGAACCUGUUCAAGGUGGCCUGUACUCUGAUCACAGAGUUGAAGGCGGACGUUAACGCGUGUACGUUCGGAGGAAACACGGCGCUGCACCUGGCGGCCAGUCUGGGCUCGCCGACUCUCUGCUCCAUGCUGAUCGCUGCAGGUGCUGAUAAGAACCUGGAGAACGACGAGCCGCUCUUCUUCAGCUCGUCUUCAGACGAUGAACAGGAUGAAGAUGAACCAAUCAGAGAGGCCGCCUCGCAGCCGAUCAACCCUCGCAAGAGACCUGCUAGUGGACACACCCCCCUGGACCUCGCUAAAUGCCAGAAGGUGAAGAACUUGUUAAACUCCAGACAGAGUCCGAAGUCGAGUCGUCACGUCAGUAAGAAGAUCAAAGCCAGCAGCAGCGAAGAGGCCGAGGCUUCGGGGCUGGACGAGGACACUCUGUCCCGGCUGGUGGAGGUGCUGAGUGUCGGAGAAGUUCCCUGGAGGAAACUGGCAGAGAAGCUGGGCAUGAUGACGCUGACUCACCUGUACCAGGACAGUCCCACACCCUGCCACCACCUGCUGCAGCACUACAAGCUGGGUGGAGGUCCGGUUGAAGGUCUGGUUGAAGCUCUUCAGUCUCUCGGUCUGAAAGAAGGAGUCCGACUGCUGAGAAACACCGAGCUACAAGACGACAAACACAACACAGACGCCACGGUCGACAGCGGCUUCGGCAGUCAGCCGAUGGAAGAGGAGGAGCCGACAGCGGCCAAUCAGUGACGAGCAGGAAAUACAUCAGAUCAGCUGGAGGAGCGUUGUCACCUGAUCCUGGAACCAGAACUGGACUUUAGUCUGCGGGACGUUUUAUGAGCAGCAGAGUCGGACUCUGAUGUUUUUUCACCUGCAGACGGAAACGCUGCGUUCCAGACGCACGCCGACGUCCUAAAUCCCCGACAGGAAGUCGGGUCGUUUGGUUUUCAUCAACAGAUUUUAAAAUGAGACGAAACAAAUAAAUUUAAAGUUUAAAAAAAUGAAUAAAAUGUUUUUAACGGAAAUACAAACAUGUUUAAAAUGACUGAUUUCAGCGUGAGGUUGUAUCAUAGAUAUAAAAACAGUAUUUAGUUUUUUUAUUUUAUGUCAUUUUUAUUCAUUUUUAAUUUCCAACUUUGUUUUCAGUUUAGUUAAUUUAUAUUUUUCCUGUAUGUUUGUUUCUCUAUUAGAGUUUAUUCGGGUUCUUUCUGUCGGUUUAUGUGACGCCUUGCAGACGUUUUGGAGUCCUUGAAUUUCACAAAAUACCUUAAAAGUCCUGGAAUCGUCCUUGAACUUUUCUUUCGAUAUGAGCGCAGCUUUACAAUCAUCUGAUGAAACAUCAGCAGCGAGUCCUGUGUUUGUGUUUGUUUACGAAGCGGAAGUUUCAAUUUUCUAUCCGGUCUCGAACGCAGCACGACUCACCUGUCAGUCCGAACAGUGACAUCAUCAGCGCAGGUGUACAGACGCUCACAUGUUACACUCACAUGUUACACGUUACACACAUGUUACACGCGUGAUCUGUCUGGUGUCUCUUUCAGUUUAAAUCUUUGCCAAUAAAAUAAAAUGAAGUGUUUUUAACAACCAGAUAAAAAGAACUCGUUAAGUUAUUCUGACAGUUUUUACAUCAAAAUCAAAACUUUUGAUAAAUUGAAACCAAACAUGAGAAACUUUUUACUGAAGUUUGAUGUUUUAAAUCAUAAAACCUUUGACAUCAGUGACACUUAAAAAACAUAAAACUAUGAAUCAAAGUUACGACUUAAAGUAAAAACUGACGUCAACAUGAUGAGAUAAUGUGUUUGAUGUGUUUAAUCAGGAUUAUUAAACAUCGACACGUCACACAUUUAAACUUGUAAAGUCAGAAUGAAUCUGAAUGAACAUUAUGACAAACGUUAAAAUUAUUAUACGAGAUGAACAACGAACAAAGUUAUAUUAAAAAUAUCAAACUAUCAGAACUUUUAUUGAUCUUUAGUUCAAAGAAACACGAGAAACAAAAUUACUGUUUUUAUGAAAAAGAUAAAAAACUCAUUUCGACAUCAAACUUUGAGUAAAACUUAUACGUCAGAUGUUAAAUGUUGUUAAAUGUUGUUAAAUGUCGACAUUUUAAACUUAAUAAGGUUAAAUAAAUGACAAGCUGUUUCAUCUGUUAAAUUAAAAUCAUUUUAACGAGUAUUUUGUUUUUAUUCUUCCAACUUUUCAUGUUUUUUUUUCCGGCGGAAACGAACUUCCAUAAUCUUUUAUCUGUUUUCUCAUAAAACAAGAAAUUAAAGUUUUAUUUAGUAUUUUAUUUAAAUGUAGUUUUCGUCAGUAGGAAACAACAUCGCUGUGGUGUUUACUGACGAGGAUUAACGGUCCGUUAUUGUCAGUAAUUAAUCGACUUGAUGUCGUUAAACUUUCUGUUUUCUCUCGUCGAGACGUCAGGAUGGAUCCGGUUUGUUUUUACUGAUACUGUGUAUUUGUGUCUUUACUCUGUAAAAAAAAACAUUUAAUCAGCAUUUAACAGAAACAGAAAUGCUCUACUGUCGAGGUUUCUGAAUAAAAAUGACUCUGAGACCUUC